UCCACUGCUUUUCUCCAACCUUUUGAAAUCUAUUUCAGGAUUAUUUGAACAGCAAUAGUUUCAUUUUAACUUCUUGUUACCUCUUUAGCAGCUCUGAAUUGAUAUCCUCUCUCACCUAUUGAACAUCUUUACUUUUUGUUUUUAUUUGCCUCGAUAACUCCAAACAAUCUGUUUUUGCUCCAUUUUCCAUUCAACUCCUUAAUCAUCAAUCAUCAAUCACAAAUUAUACAUUUGUAUUAAUUCUGAUUUAAUUGAAAGGUUUUCCUAUUAAAUUUGACACCAUAAAAAUUGAAAUACUUUGAAAAAGCAGAAUCUUAUCUAAGUUUCAACUAAUUUUCUCGAAAAAUAUAAAGGAUAUCUAAAAAAUACCUAUAGCUGAAAGUUUGAAUUAUGUCUAAUUUCGAUUUUGAUUCUGAUUACUCCAAUCCAUUUUCUUCUGUUUCCAAAACUCUGAAAUCUUACGAAAGAUCCAACAAAUCACUUGAACAUUCUUCCCAAAUCACAUCCAACAACAUUGAUCAUAGCAAUAUUUUUUCCCCAAAAAUUGACCUAAAUAGGACAUCAACUAGUACUCUGAAAUCCACCAUGCCAAAUAAGUCCCCUAUAACAACUAAGAAAGCUCCUGAUGAGAUUUUUGAUUUAUCUUCCAAAAAAUCAUUGCAGGAAGGCAUUUCAAAACAUUUUUUGUCACCCUACGUUACUAUUCCACCUGGCUUUUCAGGCAACAGAACUGCUUACAUUUCUUUAACUCAACAUGCUGAUUCUUACAAGCUGCCAUUUUAUGACAGUUUGUUUUCAGGAGAUGUAGAUAUGUUUUUUGAUUCAAACGACAAAAAGUUAGGUGCAAAGAUUAAGAGUGGAUCUAAAAGAUCUGGAAUUCUUAAAGGAAAUACCAAGUCUUCACCGAUCAAGCGGGAUGUAUCUUUUUCAGACUUUUUUGAUUUGAAAAAGAACAAAAAAAUUGUUAUUGAUUUUGAUUCAACUGAGAUAAAUAAUCUCAUCAACGUUCAAUUUUUGAGUUUAAAUUCAAAGGUAGAAUCUAAUAAUGCAUUAAUUUUUGAAAAAAUCAAUUCUGUCACCAAAGAACUUGAAAAGCUUUCAUUAUCUAUAGAUGAAAAGUUUGCUACUCAAAAUACCAAGUUUCAACAAAACUUUGAAGAAUUAGAGAGUUCAAUUAAUUCAAUUUCAGAUAACUUGAACGCUUCUGAAAAUGAAUUCAAAAAGCAAAUUUGUGAGGUGAAAGACAAUUUGAUUAACGAUUUUAGUUUUGUCAAAACACUCAUCAAUGAGCAAAAGGAAACGUUGACCAGCCUUACUAUUUCAUCUGCAAAGAUGGAGGGGAAAUUUUCAAAUGAAAAUAUGUUGAAGAAAAUGGAAAGAGAAAAACUGGAAAGUGAUUUAAAUACAAGAGUAAAUAAUAAUGUUGAUAAAUCUAUUGAAACAGUAGAUAUUUAUAAUGGAUUAGAGGUUCAAGGGAACCAAGUAUAUCAAGAUAUAUCUGUUUCUGACCAACAUCAAACUAAAAAGAUAUCAAAAGAGUCGAUUGCAGCUUCAAAACCAGCAAAUUAUUUAAUAGCAGCCAACGAAAAAACAAUUAAAGAUAAAGGUAACGGUUCUCUUGCUUCUACUGUUGUUUUACCGAUAUUACCUAAAGAAAGUAUCAUUUUUUCUGGUGAAAGUUCAUUUUUAAGCCGUCAAUAUGAGCCCAGCAAAACAUCGAAAAUUAGUCCUCCAGUUUCUUCUGUAAUUCUAAGAACACAAGACGAAGGUGAUAAGGCUGAUGACGAAGAAGAUGAUGAUGAUGAUGAAAUUUAUAAUGAAAAUUUCAAGUCAAUAAUUGUUACUGAAGAUGAAAAAAUUGGUUUGACUGAAGGCAAAAGCAACUUGAUGGAUGUUGAUUCACGGAAUCAAAAGGAUAAUUAUGGCAGUGUUUACUCUAGUUUUGAGGCACUUGAUUUUACACCAAAAAAUGAUAUCAAUGAUGAAAAAGUUGAGCAUGAUUCGGAAUAUGAAAUUUUGUCGGUAACAGAUUCGGAUGGAGAACUAAUUUAAAUAAGAGCUUUUUUUUUUAUUUUUAUUUUUAUUUUCAACUUUGGGGAUUUGCAAUUUAGUUUUUCAUCAAAGAAUUUUUAUUUGAAUCCAAAAUUUACCUGUUAAGUUUACUCUUUUAAAUUGAGUUUGGAUAUUGUUCACUUCUGUUUUAUAUAUUGACUGUUUUUGUCUAGAUGUAUGUUUCAUUUAUCAUAAAUUAUAAAUUAUUUUCAAUUCAGAAUAUUGUUUUUUUUAGUAUUUUAUGUUGUUUCACGCAAGCGUAUAAUAUAUGUUUAUGAUUUCCUAAAAACCAUUCAGUUUCAGUAGACAAUAUAAAGAUUUAUUCAAAUAAGCAGGCUG